AUGUCUAACAGUUUCUUAAGAGCAGAUCCUUACCUCAAUUCCUCUUCCAUUUCCUACAAUGCAGCGACCUCCAAAUACGUCGUGACCUUCGCCGGAACCGCCAUAGAAACGACGGUUACCGACAAGGCCGCCGUCGCCGCCGCCUGGGUCGCUGACAUCACUUCCCUGUACGGCGAUGCCCCCGCCGUCGUCGGCCUCGACGUCGAGUGGCGUCCGCACCAGAUCAAAUCGAUGAGUAACAAAUCAGCCACUCUGCAGCUUUGCAUCGCAGACAAAUGCCUGAUUCUGCAGCUGUUCUACAUGGACGAAGUCCCCAUUUCAAUUAGGGAUUUUCUGAUGAACCCUAAUUUCACGUUCGUCGGAAUCGAGGUCGCCGACGACGCCAGGAAGCUGAGCGCCGAGUACGGGCUUAGUUGCGCGCGGUGCGGCGACAUUCGCGACGCUGCGAAGCUCCGGUGGCCGGGGAGAUUCUCGCGGCCGGGGCUGAAGGAUCUGGCGAAGGAGAUUUGUGGAAUGGCGAUGAAGAAGCCGCGUCACGUGUGCAUGAGUAAUUGGGAAAUUAGGGUUUUGAGUGAGGCGCAGAUUGAGUAUGCUUGUAUUGAUGCUUUUGCUUCUUAUAGGAUUGGGCACAAGCUUUUUAUUGAGAAGGCGUGA